CCAUGAAGCGACAAAUUUUCGGCCCCUGCUAUGAUCCGUACCAUCGGGGCCAGCGACCAACCAAAGGGCAUUGGUCUCUUAACUCAAUGUUCGUGAGCACUAUCUCCACCGUGGCCUAUGAGCUCUUUGGGAACACAACAACAGCACAACCGCCGACAGCGGUAGCAAGUUUUAACGAAAAACAGCUACAGCACCACCAUUCGCGACGUCGUCCACUCUUCCGUGGCCGGGAUAUCGACUUUACACAUUUCAAGACAUCGUACGCUUACAGAAUGCAAAAGGCCGAACGCUUCAUUCGCGAGCAAGAUUAUGACAUUUUAAGAGAUCCCUCGGCAUGGGGCUUGCCUCCAGGUGCAGCCGACAAUUACCGACUUGCGGUAGAAGAAGAGGAUAGCAGAUGGGGCCUGGUGUACGAGAAGGAUCUCGAAGUCUGCUUCUUGGCACCCAUACCAUCUCCGGAACCCAAACGCACUUACAUUAUCAUCCCAGAAGCGCCUACACCACCAGCUGUACCCGUAGGCCAUCCACGCACUUGUCGCCAUCUUUUUCAUAACGCAGUAGUACUAUCAUAGCAGUAGUAAAAUAGGAAACCUUAGCCUUUUUCUUUUCUUCUUUGUUAGAUCCCCUCUUCAUUGCAUAUACUUUUAGGACUUUAUUAAUCAAUUCUCCACACGUCCACAUCUGCAAGCACACACGCACACAUCCAAUUAGAAACGCCAGAAGAUCUAUCAAUCAAUCAAAGAAACAAAAAAACCGAAACUACUGUAGAAUUACACUUAGCUUUAUUUUUUUCUUUACAUACAACACCAAUCAGCAAGAACAUCAUACAUAAAAUUCAGACUCUAUUAUUUCAUAUCCGCCCCAUUUUCUUAAGUUUACAGUAUAUGAUAUUGUGUUAUAAUGAGGAGAAAGCUGUGUGUGUGUGU